UGAGAAAACAUAGUUCCCAAAUAUUAUUUGUUCACAAAACGCCAUUAAGUAUACAUGUUCAGGAGAUUGGGUAGCCUUGCAGCCAGCAUGCUCACACUUGAGCUCGUUUCUACGAGUGUUAAGGUUUAAUUUCUGCAGCCACCAGGAAAUAUUUGUUUCAAUAGUUUCAAUGAAUCUCUGUAAGGUGCAUUUUCUCUAAGGCUUUUUGUUUGCCUACAGAGCUGAAACACUUUUUUGUUUAAAUCUCAAAAAUGACGACCAUAGGCGUAUUUGUUAUUUUGGCACUUGCCAGUUUAAUUCACAAUUUUCAGCCGGCCGAGGGCGCUAUUUUUACGCUGACAACGAUGCAAGGAACAAUUUUCAACCCAAACUAUCCUAAUGUCGCCCCAAGUCCCGAUAUUAACAUAUGGACCAUUCAGGCACCACUUGGAAAUAUAAUAACACUGACCGUGGAUGUUACGAGCUUGGCAACGGUUGAUGCAAUUUUUAUUUAUGAAGAUGUUUCCUACAGUACAAGUAUUAAUACGCGUUAUUUUACAUUCAUGUCUAUGAGCAAUGUAUUGAAUAUGCAACUGCUGACUCCUGUUCCAAUGAUGAGUAAUGCAAUAUUCAUGGCAAACUAUUCCAUUACAAUGUAUCCUGAUGAAUACAAGCGUCCUAUUGGAUUGGAAUCAGGCAUCAUACCAGACAACGCUUUAUCAGCAUCUUCUGCAUAUGGCACCCAUAAAGCUUGGCAUGCCCGAUUGCACAACCCGGUGGAUUACUGGUCUCCAUUGUAUUACACGAAUUUUGAGUACAUAAUCAUUGAUUUCCAAACCAUAAUUAAUGUCACAGGAUUGAUUUUUCAAGGAUCUGUGCCAGCUCAGGACACGCUGAAUGGAGCAAUCCCUAGCUGGGUGAACGUGUGCAACAUGUAUAUCAAGGACCCAGCCACAUUGAAUUGGAGUUUCAAUUUCCUCUCAGUCAUUACUGGCAACACAGACUCCGAUACAGCAACUUCUACAUUUUUCUCCCAUUAUUUUUUCAGUGCUGGUUUAAAGAUCGUGCCCCAAAAAUGGCAUAUGUACCCAUCUCUCCGAAUAGAAAUCCUUUCAAGUUGUACAAAAGCGAACCGCAAUGAAUUAUCUGUCAAGCAAGUGGGUGUCACUAGAAAUGUAGAAUUCACCUUGAAGAAUGUAUUUUUUUGCGUUGCUUGUUAUCUCUGGGAUGUAGGAGACGGUAAUAUAUAUAUAAUUGGCCCAAGUUAUUGUACGAAUUUGCUGAAAAUGAAUGUUCCAACAUAUGAAUAUUACACAGAUCCUAUAGUGUACACUUACACCUAUCCUGCAUAUGGCACAUACCCAGUUGUAGUUCAUGAAAUAAGUGAAUAUGGCAAUAACACAAGCGCACAAGUUCUUACUAUAAACCAAUAUGGAUGUACUCCCUAUAGUGUCACUUUCACAGAUGAUCUACUUAGCACCAAUAAGCAACGGUUAUUGUUAAUAUCUGAAGCAAUAAACUUUCUAGCUACUGUGAAUAUGACUUGCUUGGUCCAAUAUGAUUACAUUAACUAUAUCUGGUCCAUCAAAGACCUACAAACUGGAAACUUUCAAACCGUGCCUUGGUAUGGUCCCAAAAGACAACACUUUGAACCUUUAUAUUUUACUGAAGGUACCUUCUUGAUAGAGGUCACAGCAAAUAUUGCCCCAUUAAAUUUGAUGAACAUGACAGACAACUUCACUCUCAUUGUUCAACCGACACCUUUAGAAGUGUACAUCACAGGUGGAGACACCAGGACCAUUAGCAAUGGGGCCGAUGUGGAAGUCGACGCAUCUGAACUGUCGUAUGAUCCCGAUGAUGUAAGCCAGUCUAACACGGGCAUGGUGUUUCAGUGGAAAUGCACCAAAACAUCUCAAAAUAAUGUAAAGGCAAACUGUAAGUUCAGUGAACUGGAUAAUGGAAUAAUAUCAAUCCCACAGUCUGAGCUGGAAAUAAAUGCUGUUAUUUUGGCUGAGGUGACAGCAACUAAAGGCAAACGCAUAGCAAACAGAACGCAAGCGCUCCAAAUCAAGGGAGGAAGUUUUCUGGAUAUUGCCAUAAGGUGUAUUGAUAAUUGUGAUCGUAAAUUUACCUCUCCAAUGCCACUGGUACUUUUAGUCAACUGCGUGAACUGUUUUGAUGAUGUGAUUACCUACCACUGGAAAAUGGUGAAUUUAUCAGAUGUUUAUUUUAUAAAGAUGACUUCUACAGGUAUAUAUAAUGAAGGCAUAGUGGUUAAUGAACACGCUUUGAAAGAAGGAAACACAUUCGAAAUCAACGUUACGGGUACAGUCCCAAACAGAAAUAUGGCAGAAGUCAUGUACAGGUUUACAACGAGCCUUUAUCCCAGCAAUGGCUCCUGUACAAGUGACCCACCAACAGGUUUGGCAGGAGUCACAUUCUUCAAACUCACAUGUGGAAACUGGUCUCAGAAAGGCAUCGGAAGGAAUAACUUGUCGUACUCAUAUACAGCGAAGUCGGGCAACGUUGAUUACUACCUGCUCAACACCAAGUCGGAUAUGUCGCCCAAACUCCUGUUGCCCGCGGGAGACCUGGACUCUCAAGGGCUGCUGGACCUUCAAGUGAUCGUGUGCAACCCUUACGGAUCCUGUUCGUCGUUCCCAAUACCUGUACAUGUGACAUCUCCUCCACCGAACCAACUGAAAGACAACAUCCACAAGAUGCUAGCGCCAGGAGGUGCAAUCCAGGAGAUGGCAAAUACGAGCAGUGGCACUUUGCUUGGGGUCAUAUUGACUGCAACAGAGACUCUAAAGAAUGUAGUUAAUAAAACAGAAAGAAAAGAGCUUAUAGCAGAGCUUGCCAAGGCAAUAUUAUCAUCCAACUUCAGCAUGCAGAAUGAAAGUUCAGUUUUGCAAUACGCUUUAUCUUUGACUUCCAUGGCUCAGAAUUCUCAACCUGAAGACCAGGCUGUCUUCUUAAAUGCCGAAAUAUAUUUUUUGAAAAAGAUCAAUUCCAUGAAAAAUAUUGGGAAAAUUGCUCUUCGGCAGACCAUUGAAGCGAUGGUUAGAAUCAGUGCAAAUGCAUUUCAGGCACAUUUUAAUUCCCAAGAUGACGUUAAUAGCACAUUGUCAUCUUUGGCUAAAAAUGAUUCAUAUUUGAAAAAGUCUUUUGAUGAUAUCUACCAAUCGCUAUUGCUGAUAGCACAAAUACAAAGUAAGAAAUCAGUGCCAAUUGAAGAGCCUGUCGCACUGAGCUUCAAAAACGUGUCCAUCGUAAUGCAAACUGUUUCUGGCACCACGCUUCUCAACGCAAGCUGGCAAACAACGGAUGGGAGCAGCGCUUCACUCAUUGUGCAUGAUCCGUUAACUUUCAUCAGGCAAAGGGGCAGAGUGAAUGUCAUGGUAACAGCCUUCGGUGAAAACCCAUUUGUGUGGAAUAAAGAUUCUCCUGUAAACAGUUCAGUCGUCAGCUUCAAAAUUAGCAUGGCUAAACAAGUAAUUAAUACCACCUCUGCAUUAAUAAAGUUGAAAAAUAAAAUAACUGUAGGGCACAAGAUUUCAUUACCAAUAAAUACAAAAAAUGGCACAAUGGAAAGUAAAGCGUUUGCCACUGAAAGUAGUAGCAUGCCCAUUAUGUUGGAUAUCACGUCAACCAGUGAAAUUAUGAAUGAAGCAGAGAUCGUUGUACGGUUUGGAAAACAGCCGGAGUCUGAUCCACAGCUUUAUGACUACCGCUUCACUGCCAGCUCACAAUCAUCAAACAGUGGCAAACUGAGAAAAUUAAAGAAAAGGGCAAUUGAUGCCAAACAGAAAAAUAAUACGGAAACGACACUUCUCACUUGGCCUUCAUUUUUUAUCGCUCGUAAUUCAACACAGCAAGGAGCGCUGUACAUUGCUGUUUUGUAUACAGGUCGUAACUACACACUCAUUAAUCAAACUGUGGAAGUGACUAUACGGCAAAUUUCUUGCAAAUGGAGGUACAGCACCAGUGACAAUUGGAACUCCUCCUUUACAGAGGUUGAGUCCAACUCCAGACGGGAGGUGACGAGCUGUGUAGUUGGCAGGAACCAGACAGAUGGACAUUUGGACUUCAUCCAAGAAAACGUCUUCGUCGCAGCAGAGUUUCUGACGCCAAACAUGAUCGAUUUUACAACGGUGUUCACAAAGUUCAACCUGGAGACAAACGGCGCCGUUUUUGCGACCGUCACCAUCAUGGUCUUGCUUUACAUCAUCGUGCUGCUGUGGGCGAGAAACCAAGACGCAAGAGAUGCACGGAAGAGCAAAGUUAUCUACAUCGAAGACGUGAAUGAAGACUACACGAGCCUGUUAUUGUUACGAAUGGCAACAGCAACGACAAAUGAUGCAAAAGUAGUAUCGAGUGUCUACUUCAACCUCUACUUUGAUGACAUUGAAUUAGGAGAAAGACAGCUCACUCAUCCACAAUUAGAGGCAUAUGAAAGUGGAAUCAUAUAUAACUUCAUAUUCUCCAAACCUGAAUGCUGUGGAAAGCCAACCCACAUUAAACUUUGGCUGAACGGUGACAAUGUCGGCGAUUCCUGGAACAUCAGAAAAAUGUCAUUGUUUGAUCAAGAAAAUCAAGAAGUAUAUUUUUUUGGUGACAAUUCAAUCCCUCUUUUACCUUUUGACAUUAACUGUUCUUGCAAGACGUUCAAAGUCCAGGAAGAUAUUGCUUUGUUUAGCAAUACGUGGAUGGCAAACAGAGCAAUAAAGAGCAACUUUUCUGAAGAUCACCUUUGGAUGUCCGUUUUCAUCCGCCCAUUCAAGACCAACUUCUCCCGCGUGCAUCGUAUCUCCUGCUGCGUCACGCUCCUCUUCCUCAUGAUGAUGGCCAAUGCCAUGUGGUUCGGCAAGAAGCAGGCGGCCAGCAAGGCGGGAGGUGGGGUUGCGGUGGGGCCGCUGUCUCUCACCGACGUCCUCAUCAGCCUCCUCAGCAGCCUGGUGGAGGUGCCCGUCAGCCUCGUGGUCGUGCUCAUAUUCCGCAACAGCCGCUCGGAGAGUGAGCGGCCCCCGGGCCAGAAGAGCUCCUGGAGGGGCCCUUGGCCCGGUGGCUGCAGAUGCGUAGCCUGGUGUCUCGUGGUUCUCGCUGUCCUGAGCUCUGGCUUCUUCACGAUUCUCUACAGCAUGGAGUGGGGCCCAGAGAAGGCCAACCGGUGGCUCAUUCGAUUCCUCUUAUCGUUCAUUAUGUCUAUUGCCUUGAUCCAACCCAUAAAGAAUGUCCUCAGUGCAGUUGUAAAGUACAUACUGUGGAAGAAGGUAACACGAUUUUUGAACACGGAGGUAUUAAAAUCAUAUUUAGAAGUUCUAGGUGCAGGGCAAACAAAUACAACGAAAGGAACAUCUAUUCAAAGCCCAGCACGCAUUAUUUUUGGACAGACUUUGCAAAGGAUUUUGAGCAUCAAGCUCUUCUUGAAUGUCCUCCAGCUAAUUGCAUUGUUCUUUGCCGCUUACACACACAUGAACGGUUUUCACAUUCAUUUCAAAACAAAUGUGCAGAACAUUUUCAUCACGGGAAAAUAUGAAAAUAUCGAUGAUGCCCCCAGCUAUUGGGACUGGAUGUUUGGCUCACUUUUACCAAAUAUGAAACAAAGCGUCAACAAUGUAAAGACAGCCAACAUCUUUCUGUCCAACAUGCAUUCCCCUGAGAUGGUUUUGGUUGGCUCAGUGUGGCUAAGGCAGCUGAGAUACACAAAAGGACCAAUUGAGAUGAAGUAUGUGAAUAUGUUGCAAGAUGUUAAACACUCUCCACCAGUAGUGGACAUCAAAAACUAUGCAGAGGCCUGGGUACCAUCAAACACAACAGGAGGAGAUUACAGAGACAAAUACUGGAUCUUCCAGAAUAUGCCAGACGAGGAUGCCUCAAGCACAUUUGAGUCACUCAGGAGUGAUGGUUACUUGGUGGAGUUGGUAAAUGAUGCAGCAAAAGCAGCCGACACCCUCACGUACCUGAAGGAAAACUCCUGGCUAGAUUCCCGCACGUCAGCACUCGUCACAGAGCUCACGGUGUUCAACGCAAACACAAAUCUGCUCUGCCAUAUGAAUCUGCUUCUGGUUUUCUCUCUGCCCGGUAUUGCACAUCCACAAUUCCAUCUCAAGGUAUCUCCUUUACAAGAAAUCGGGAAUGCUUGGUUUGUGGUGAACAUGGCUGCUUACAUCAUCAUUUUGGUCUUGGGCCUGCUUCUUAUGGUCUGUGAAAUUUUUAAAAUGAAGGGAGAGAAAAUGUCCUACUUCGGCAAAAUUAUAAAUUACGUGGAACUACUUUGCUUCGUUCUGAGGAUAACACUGGUCGUAAUCUACUUCUUUUUGACAAUGACUCUGAAAGAAAAUCUUUACUUGCACACUCAAGGUAAGCACACCCAAUGCAAUUCAUUACCUCAAAGUAAUCCACACAUGAUCAAGGAAACUUUCAACGUUCAUUUUUUUAAUUUAAAAUUAGUUACGAGUUCUAUAUGAAGCAGAGGCAGCUAGAUCCAUUAUUGCAUGGGAACCUGUAAAUGACAGAAUUACAGUGAGACUGGAAACAAGAUAUACCAAAUUAUUGCUGGUCCAAGUAUACGUGCAGACAAAUGUGGACACUGAUUAAGCGAAAUACACAUUAUAUAGACAGCUGCACAUUUGAGAUGCACUCUGCUGAGGGUGGCAAAUGGCCGACUUUUAAUGCUCAGAUUGGGCACAGAUUUGGUUGGGAGGUUACAGGAGCAGAAGAUAAGUUACUUUUAAACACGUUGGUUUUCACGACCAAUAUUAUUUAUAAUAAAAGGUUUUUAGGUUAGAUUACAUAAGUAUAAAUGUGUCGUAACCCUCCACUGCCUGACUACGACGUUUCGCUGGUAAUUACAUCCAGCAUUUUCGGGCGAUUUGCCAGAAUAGUGAAGCGAUCCACCUGCUUCCGGUCUUAAUUAAGAGCAAGAUGACGCUGUGAACAUGAUGACGUCAUUUACUCUCCAACACACCGGUGGACUGAAGUUGUAAAUCAUUGGCGCGCGUUGUUUAUGUGACAAACCUUACUGGCUGUGUCGGGUAGUGGAGGGUUACGACGACACAUUUAUACUUACACGAUCUAACCCAAAAACCUUUAUUGAGGCAAGUUACUACAGUGCAUUUGGAAGCCUGGGGAAACGUAUGCUUUCACACAAAGCUAUACACAAAGCAAUAUAAUGUUAAUUAUCAUAAACGUCUCGUAAUUUAUCAUAAUACUAAAAAAGUAAAAACAAAGCAACAAAAAUUA